CAGAAAUUAAAUGGAUUUCGACUCAUAUCAAAUAUUGUUUUAAAUAUUUACAAUGGCGGACCCUACAACAAGAAUUGAAGAGGAAAACAAACAUUUGAAUUUGACAGAAGAAGAUGUCAUAGAACCUAAUGCACCUGCUGAAUUAUUUGGAAAUUAUGGAAAUGAAUUAACGCUUGACGAACAAGAUGAAAAAUUUCGUAAUUUUGACUUAAAACAAGCUUGGGAGGAAUUACUUGGUUUAGAAAAGCAAGUCUUUAUGAUACACCCAGAAGUACAAGAACAAAUGGGUAUACUUGUUGGUGUUAAUUUAAGUCAAGAGUACGCUUGGAAACGUAUAAAAUGUCGAAGUUUAUUAGAAAACGUUAUUGAUGUUAUUGAUGAUGCAAAAGAGAGAAAAAAAUUGCUUAAACCAUAUAAAAAUACUAAAAUGGAUGCAUUGCUUUUGAUUGGUUACAUACCAAUACUGACACAAAAUGAUAAAGAACCAAAUGAAAGAGAUCCAUUCGUAGUUUUUUAUGAAAAAGAUAUUAUCAAGCAAGCAUUAGAAAUUAUACAAGCUAUUGAAGAAUAUGAAAAGUGGGCUGUAGAAAAAAUUUAUUUGAAAAAACCACAUUUGAAGUGGGAUUCGCAUGGUAGUGAAAAAGAGGUUAUUUUAGGAACAAAAAGAACAAGAGAUGAAGAAAUUGAUGUUGAAAUGCAAAGUGUUUUUCCACUUAAGUAUAACUCAGAUAAUUUAUCAAUGAGAAAAGCUGAUGAUGUACGUGACGGUUAUGCUGAAUUAAUACCAGGUGAAAAGAAAUUUGAUAAUAUUUUUCGUAAGAGGAUAAGUGUCGCUGUACAAGCAAAGUCGCCAGAGAUUACAUUAGAGCAGCAAACAGAUCCAACAUUUCCAACAAAUGCAUGGACACAAUAUCAUUUCAAGGUUGAGGAAGGAGAAACUGGACUUGAUGUUACAUCUGAAGAGGAAGAAUCAAGGCCUGGAAGUGGCAAAGGUACCCCAGUAACUUUUAAGAAACCCCCACCACCAUUAUCUCAAAAUAUUGAAAAUUUAUUGGAAAUAUUAAAUUUUAAUCAAAUUGAUAUGUAUAGAAAUGAUUACUCAUUAAUCUCAACCAAACCAAUCCCAAGAUACACAUGUCCAUAUUUAGAAGAAAUUUUAUGUUUUACUGAUUUAAAAGAAACUUUGCACCAAAAAAUACUUUCAAUUUCGUGGUAUCCUGCUUUAUCUGGUUUAGUUGCCUGCUGUUACUCGCAUUUUCCGGGGUGUGGUGUAAUAGAUAUUAAUGAGCCGAUAGAAAAUUUUAUAGCAGAUAAGAACCAAGUAUUAUUUUGGAGCCUUUCAGAUAGUUUGAAAUAUAAAUUACAAUGUUACGCCCCACGGGAAAUAUUAUCAUUGUCAUUUUGUCCUUAUUCACCACAGUUUUUGGUUGGUGGUUGUAUUACUGGUCAAAUAAUGCUUUGGGAUUUAAUGGAUAAAAUUGAAAAAUUGGAUGAAGAAGAAAUGUUAUCACAAAAUCAGACAAAAUAUCGACUGUUAAUGAUGAAUUUUUUAGAUUGGGCUAAGACAACAAAUGAAAAAAUGAAUUUGGCUGAAACAAUUUCAAGUGAUAUUGGUUUAUCACAUAGUAAUGCAGUAACAAAAAUUGAUUGGCUAGAUCGUUAUAUUUAUAUAACGGUCGAUGGGAAAUUACAUAGAUCAUCUGAACCAAAAAAUCGAUUUUUUAUAACAACUUCAAUUGAUGGUUCUAUAGCUUUUUGGGAUUUGGAUAUUGAUUUAAGUCGUAAAAUAAAUUCCAAACCAAAUAGAGGAAAAUUACCACCUACACUGUCAGCAAUGGAAUCAUCGUUUCGUAAAUAUGAUAGAGUUUUUAAGCCGGUUUUUAUGGUGUGUACAACAGAAGCUUUAACUAGUAAUCAAUUUGCUAAUAUUGGAUUGUAUGAGUAUAAACCAGAUUAUGAUGACAAAUUGCCAAAAAGUAUUAUGAAAAAAUUUCCAAUUAAAGUAUCACGUAUUGAUAGAACUGAAGCAAGGCAACUUGUAAUCGAAACAAAUAUUGAAGAGUAUGAUGAACCAAAUAAAAAAAUCAAGCCAAAUGAACAAAGUUUCUUAGCUUGCAGCCUAUUCGGUAAUAUAUUGCAUCUGUAUUGGGAUGGUUUUGAUGAUGUCGGCGAACAAUCAAAUAAAGAAAAAGUUUCAACAUUUCAAAAAUAUGCAAAUGUACACGAUGGUCCUAUUUUACAAUUAGAGCGAAACUUUUUUUUCCCAGAAAUUUUCAUUACCAUCGGUAGGUAUGUUUUUGCUAUAUGGAGAGAAAAUUAUUUUGUUACCCCAAUUUUAUGGAGAAAAAGGUCAUGUGAAUUAACAUCAGUUUCAUGGAGUGUUGACAGACCUUCUAUUUUUUACAUUGGUAGAAAUGAUGGAAAUUUUGAAGCUUGGGAUAUACUAGCUAGAGAUGACGAACCUAUUUUAUCUGACAUGCUUGGUGGUGGUAUAUUAACUGCAAUAGCAGAACAUCGUCCAAAAGUGCCGAACAAAAUUAUGGCAGUUGGUGAUUAUGUUGGAUGUCUUCGCAUGGUUAAUUUGCCAAAAAUAUUGCAAAAUACAUGUCCUAAUGAGAAAGAGCUUCUUCAAGAAUAUAUUGAUAAAGAAAUGUUUCGGAAACAAAAAUUAAUAACGUGGGAAAAAAAAUGGAAUAAAAAAAAUGAAGACAUAAUUGAAGCAAGAAAAUUGAUAGAAGAUGAAGUAAAAAUUGAAUUAGAAAAAUUGAGAAAACUAGAGUUGAAAGCAAAAAAAAAGGAUUUUCAAAGAGAAGAAGUUGAAACUCCGGAACAAUCGAAAAAGAAAAGUGCACUUGAGAUAGCCGAAAUGUUAGAACGUAAAUGGGAGGAAAUCAAUAUGAAACGCAUUUUCGAAGCUCUAAUGAUACGAAAGCAAAUGAAUGCUGAAAAGCUUGAAAUUGAGACAAAAAUUGAAAAACGACGUUUAGCAUACGAAAGAAGUAAAAAAAUCGCAUUGAAAAAAGGUUUAGCUAGAAUUGACGACGACAUUGCAGCUUUAAGAGUUAGAAUAUUUCCAGUUAUUAAAGAGGAUAUAAGCAGAUCUCAGUUAAUUGAAGAAUAUGUUGACAAUAUUUUAUUAGAAGUAGAUUUGUUUGAAAAAAUUAAAGAAGAAGCUGAUGAGUUAAUUGAAAGAUCAAUUAGCAUUGGAGAUAUUAACAUAAGUGAAUUCUUUACAAAAGGUUUAGAACGACGUAAAAUAUUAAAUCAAAAAUUGGGUAGCAAUUUCAUGCAUGCUUAUUCGUACGAUAUACUCAAAGAUGAAAAGAGUUUGGAUGUUUUUGAAUUUGAUUUAAGUCGUUUUACUCAAAAUAAGGAACAAAACCUUAAAAAUAUAACUGAAGAUUCGAAAGCUGGCGGCGAUAUAUUAGGUUCGUCAAACGAUUUUAACAUUACGUUAGACGACUAAGUUCAUAUAUCAUAUACGAUAAAAGGUUACUUGAUUUUUUUUUACAUAAUAUUUACAUAUGUAGCUAGUUCAGAGAUACAUAUUGUGUAUUGGGAUUUGCGAUUCGUGUGUUAAGUUGCGUUUAGUCAAAAACAGUCAGAAUAAUAAAUUUUUAGAAUUAAAGUUACCUUGAAAAAUAAAUUUUGUCAAUAUAAUAAAAAUUUGUGUAAUUUAAUUUAUGUACAUAUAUUUCUGUAUGUAUGUACAAAUAGAAA